AUGUCUGAUGGUGUUCAGAAUAAGACAAAGCUGACUGGGCUUGAACGGGCCAUCCAAGGGGGCGGAACCUCCCGAUGGAUAUGUCCCGCCCAAGCCGCGCUCCCUGGACAGCCCCCGCGGCCAGAGGUGGACCAGGACAUCCUUUACCAGGCCAAAGGCCUUGGAAGCUGUCUAUUUAACUUCGCUUCGGUCACAACAAAGAUGAUCACGGACUCUGUUACUGAGACAGCACAGACCAUCAAAAAGUUAGUAGAAGAAGGAAGGAUAGAUGGCAUCAUUGACAAGACCAUCCUAGGUGAUUUCCAGAAGGAACAGAAAAAAUUCCUGGAAGAACAGCAUAACAAGAAGUCAGAAUCCAUGCUGCCCCGGUGGGUUGAUAGUCACAAGGAAGAGACCAUUCAGCAGCAGAUUCUGGCAUUAUCUACGGACAAGAGGAAUUUUCUUCGUGACCAUCUGGCUGGCGUGCAGUUAACCUUUGACUUCGACCAGAUGUACCCGGUCGCCCUGAUCAUGCUGCAGGAGGACGAGCUGCUGAGCAAGAUGAGUUUUGCACUCGUGCCCAAACUAGUGAAGGAAGAAGUCUUCUGGAGAAACUACCUUUACCACGUCUCCCUGAUUAAGCAGUCGGCCCAGCUAACAGCCCUGGCCGCCCAGCUGCAGGCCGCCAAGCAAGACGGGAAGAAGGCCCAAAGCGGAGAGUAUGCGGCGCCGCUCACAGAGUCAGUAAGGCCCAAAACACCGCCUGUUGUUAUCAAAUCUCAGCUUAAAACACAAGAGAAUGAAGAGGAGAUCUCUACCAGCCCUGACGUGGCUGAGUUUGUCAGCGAUGCCUUCCACGCGUGCAGCUUCAAUCAGGAGGACCUGAAGAAGGAGAUGGAGCAGCCCGUGCUAGAGAAGAAGGAGGCGGAGACAGCGGCCCUGAAAGAAGAUUCCGCAGACUGGGAAAAGGAACUACAGCAGGAACUUCAAGAAUACGAAGUAGUUGCAGAAACAGGAAAAAAAAAGAUGAAAGAUGAAAACUGGGAUAAAGAAAUCGAGGAAAUGCAUCAGGAGGAAGAUUAACUCUUUCCUGAGUUAAAAGCAUAACCCAAUAACAUUCUAUAACUGACAUCUGGACAUUCAUUAAAUCAAAAGGCACAUGUGUAAUUCGAAAUUAUUCUUUUUCCAAGCUAAAGCUUGACUCUCAUAUGUAAAAUAUAUAUAUAUAUAUGUAUAAUGAAUACAGUUAUUCUAAUCAAAGGGAUGCUUUAUAUAAUAUUUCUUUAAUAUUUAUCUGGCUAGAGGUGCUCUUAUAGUUGGAAUAAGCAUCUUUUUGGGAGCGGGGCAGGUCAGAAGUUUGGGCCACAACCAGCUGUUCUCAGGGCUCACUCCUGGCUCUGUGCUAAGGGAUCACUCCUGCCGGUUCUCAGGGGACCAUAUGCAAUGCCAGGGAUCAAACCUGGGCCAGCUGCAUGCAAGGUCAGCACUGUGCGUGUGCACUAUCUCUCUGACCCUGGAAUGGAUAUCUUUGCCACAGAAACACAAGUAAAGUUUUAGAAUUCUUUUUCUGUGAGGUUACAAGUAGAAUUUAUUCUUCCCUGGUGGAUUUCUAACCAUUCUGAGUGC